AUGGAGGUUGAGGAGGCGGAGCUCGCCCGCGCAAGUGGUGAUGGCGGCGGCGGGGGCAGGUGCUCGGCCGCCGGCCCGGACCGGCUGAGCUCCCUGCCGGACUGCCUCCUCCAUACCAUCAUGUCCUUCAUGAAGGCCCGGCAGGCGGUCCAGACAUGCGUGCUGUCCACGCGGUGGAGGAACCUCUGGCGCUCGGUGCCGUGCCUCGAUAUCGACCUUGCUGAGUUCAAGACGGUGCCUGUUUCUGAUAACAACUCGGGCUCCAGUGGCGACGACAACUCUGGCUCUGGUGGCGACGAUAACUCUGGCUCUGGUGGCGACGAUAACUCUGAUUCUGACGGCGAAAGCUCUGAAAGCUCCGAAUCUGAUCUUGAUAGCUCUGAUUCCGAUGACGGCGACGUCCCUGAUUCGGACGGCAACAGCUCCGAAACUGAUACUGUCAGCUCUGACUCCUCCGACAUCACAACUUCUUCAGAGGACGACAGCUCGGACUCUGAUACUUACAUCUAUGGCGCUAACAUCAACAGCUACGAGAACAACAAGGUCAAGCACAAGGAAUGGGAGGAUUUCGAGGAUUUCACCGUGAACCUGAUGCGCCAAUGUAACAUUGCACAGCUGGAUUCAUUCCGCCUGCACAUUGUUGGGAGCAGAGCACCUAAGUUUGGCAAUAGACAGGCAGCAGGAUGGCUCCGUCGCGCGAUGAAAUACUGCACCCCAGACCGGCCCAGACAGCAUGGAGGAGUGAGCUCUGGUUCUUGGCAUCUCAAAAGCCUCCAUCUCUGCCAUGUACUUCUGGAUAACGGUUUCAUGAAGCGUGUUAAUUCAGUGUGCCGCUCUUUGGAGGAUUUGGAGCUGGACGACUGCAGUUGUCAAAUUGAGUCAGUCACCUCCCAGUCUCUGAAGACCAUGGUUCUGAAGAAUUGUAGAUGGCGCAAUCUUUCUGUGAUUGCAUCGCCCACACUGAAGACACUGGUUAUUGAUGGUGGCUCGAAUACUGAUGACUCUGGGCUGGUUAUCUUGGCUCCUGCUGUUUCAUAUCUGAACCUGGCUGUGAAGGCUGACCAAUUUUGUGGUGGUGUUUCAAUAAAUGAGGUGCCAUCCCUUGCCAAAGCUUCAAUUCGUAUAAAGGGUCACGGUCACUUAUAUAGUUUUGUCAGAAGUAAACUUGAUGGCGAUCAGUUUAAGCUUCUUUGUAGCAUAUCGAAUGUGACAAGUUUAGAGUUGUCAGGUGUCGGGUCGAGGGUGCUCGGAAAGGAACCCAGAUUCCAAAAAUUCAAGAACCUGAGGAACUUAAUGCUGAACAAAUGUAAUCUCAGUGACGACUUCCACAUAUUGGUAUUCUUUCUUCAGAGUUCACCUAUUCUGGAGAAGCUCACUUUGCGGUGCUGCAAGUUCCCAAAACAUUCUAGCAAAAAGAAAGGAACGCCCAUACUCAACACCAUACUCAACAAGACAUCUUCUGAGCUCCGUGGACUGGAUUUGCUGUGUGAGAACCUCAAGGUUGAAAUCAUAUAUAAAUAUGGCUAUGGCCUACACCUUGUCCAGCUUCUGAUGCGCAUUUCAGUGAAUCUGUUGGAGAAUAACAUUAAACUCACCAAAGUUAAUUAG